UUUUUGUAAUAAUUGUCAUAGCCGCUAUACACGUUCCAAAAAAUGUUUAAAAAAUAUAAACCCCUCUCCAACCGGUGCUGAUACAAACCCCUCUCUAACUGGUGCUAAUACAAACCUCUCUCCAACCGUUCUGAUACAAACCUCUUUUUCAACUAAUACUGAUACAAACCUCUCUCCAACUGGUGCUGAUACAAACCCCUCUUCAACCGGUGCCGAUACAAACCCCUCUCCAACCGUACUGAUACAAACUCCUUUUCCAACCAGUGCUAACUAUAUCAUUGUUAAAGAUUCUGAUUCUUUAACAAACUCUAGUUUAUCAAAUAAUAAUAGUUCGGAUUUGCAUUUAGAUAAUAGUUCAGAUUUGCAUUUAGAUAAUAGUUCGGAUCUGCAUUUGGAACUACAAGCAAAGGUUAUUAUUAAUGUUGAAAUAAACGGACGAGGUCAUGCGAUGGCAUUAGAUGAUGAAUAUGAUUAUGAUGCAUUCAUUACCAAGUGCAAAAAUCUAA